AUGGCGGGGCUGUAUGAGAAACCGUCGGAGACGUACGCCAAGAAGCGGCCGCGGUACCCCAAGGAGUGGUUCUCCAUGCUCGCCUCCCUCACCGCCGGCCACCACCGCGCCUGGGACGCCGGCUGCGGCAGUGGCCAGGCUUCCGUCAGCAUCGCGGAGCACUACGACGGCGUGGUCGCGACGGACGUGAGCGAGGGCCAGCUCCGCCACGCCAUCGCGCACCCCAAGGUGCGGUACCUGCACACGCCGGAGGACCUCCCGGAGGACGACCUCGUCGCCCUGGUCGGCGGCGAGGGCUCCCUGGACCUGGUCAUCGUGGCGACCGCGAUCCACUGGUUCGACGUCCCGCUCUUCUACGCCGUGGUGAACCGCGUCCUCAGGAAGCCCGGCGGCGUCCUCGCCGUGUGGGGGUACAACUACGACAUCCACCCGUUCGGGGACAAGCUGCACGGGACGCUGUACCCGGCCAUGCGGCCGUACAUGGACCCGAGGACGAGGCUGGCCAUGGAGCGGUACCGCGAGCUGCCGUUCCCGUUCGAGCCCGUCGGGGUGGGCCGCGAGGGCGAGCCGGCCGACGUCGACAUGGAGGCGGAGAUGACGCUGGAGGACCUGGCCGGGUUCGUGAUGACCGGCUCCGUCGCCACCACGGCUAGGGAGAAAGGGGUGGACCUGGAGGCGCUUGUGAAGGGUGUGAUGAAGGAGGUGGAAGAGGGGUGGGGGGAUGAGCCGACGGUGCCCAGGAAGCUUGUGUUCAAGGCCUUCAUGCUGGCUGGGAGGCCCAGGGGCUUUGUGAAGAUAUCGGCCAGCUUGUCUUCAGUAUUUGCGUGGUCGAUGGAGAUGUCGCCCUUCAACACAUGGUCACAAAGAAAAUGA